GAAAAUAGCGGCUGGUGUUGGUUUCCUAUAAGGGCUGGAGAUUUGGCUUUACGUUUUACUCGAAAAAAGCUUGCCUUAUCAUGCUUGGGAGAGGAUUUUCAUCAUUAAGAGCCGUAAAUUCCUUAAAGAAACCGUUUUUAGGGUGGCUUACUGGCUCAAGAGGAUUAGCAAGUCAAGUGAAUGAAGCCGAAUUUGAGCUAUCAGACUCUCCACUCCAUCUUUUAGAUAGUGGUCCUCCCAAAAAAGCUGUACUGACCAGAGAAGAUGGUCUACACUAUUACAAAGAGAUGCAGAUCAUUCGGAGAAUGGAGACAGCUGCUAGUACUUUGUAUAAGUCAAAAAUCAUCAGAGGUUUUUGUCAUCUGUACUCAGGGCAGGAAGCAUGCUGCAUUGGAAUGGAUGCUGCUAUGGACAAGAAUGACAGUCUGAUCACUGCUUAUCGUUGUCACGGUUGGACUUACUUGAAAGGAAUAUCAGUGAAAGAAAUACUCUGUGAAUUAGCUGGUCGUAAGACAGGUUGUUCUAAGGGGAAAGGAGGCUCUAUGCACAUGUAUGGUUAUGAGUAUUAUGGUGGAAAUGGAAUUGUUGGUGCACAGGUUCCACUAGGUGCAGGAAUUGCCUUAGCUCACCAGUACAGAGGAAAUGGACAAAUAUGUGUUACAUUAUAUGGUGAUGGUGCUGCAAAUCAGGGCCAGGUGUUUGAAACCUAUAACAUGGCUAAACUCUGGAAUCUGCCAUGCAUCUUUGUGUGUGAGAAUAAUGGAUAUGGCAUGGGUACAUCAGUUGAAAGAGCAGCUGCUACCACUGAAUACCACACAAGGGGAGACUUCAUUCCUGGAAUUAAAGUUGAUGGUAUGGAUGUUCUAACAGUGAGAGAGGUCACAAAAUUUGCUGCAGAUUAUGCACGAUCAGGAAAGGGUCCAAUUGUUUUGGAGCUGGCUACAUAUCGUUAUUAUGGGCACAGCAUGAGUGAUCCUGGCACAAGCUACCGGUCACGUGAUGAAGUACAGGCCGUACGUAAGACGCGUGAUCCAAUCCUAAGUUUGAGAGAAAAACUUUUGGACUCAGGGCUGGCAGACACCGAUGAAAUUAAGGGUAUCGAGCAGGAGGCCAAACAAUUGAUCGAAGAAGCUGUUAAAGCAGCUGAGAGCGAUCCUGACCCUCCUCUGGAUGAUCUCUAUUUGGACGUGUACGCGGAUGAUAACAUGGAAGGUCAUGUGAUUCGUGGAUGCGACAACUGGUCAAGGCACGCCACGAAUUAAAGACGAGCAAUAUAACGUUGUUGAAAUAUCUUUAAAGACUACUUAUAUCCGAAAUUUUGAUAUCUAACAUCAUUUGUAAAGUACUUGAUUUUAUUCUUCAACUGUGUGGGUGUGCCUGAGGUUUGAAAGCCUCGAAAGUGUCAUAUCUAAAAAAUGUUAGAAAUCUUAACGAGUUCGGCAUCUGUUGAACCAAGGUACAAAAUAAGCGGUGUUAUCGCAUUCUCAUAAACUUGUAAUAUCGAUCUGGAAGUUAUAUUUUGUCUUUGCCAUUCUUUGGCAUUCUUUAAAACAAAACACUGAACAAAAAUUUUCACUGGAAAGCUUGUUGCAGGCUUGUUAAUCUUUAUUAAAGGGUAGGACUUGAAAGACAUAAUUUGAAACGAAAACUUACAUGAUUUUGUGGUUUAAAUAUCUGAAAAUGCAUGUAGGUAACCAAAUUUUGUGCCAAACGGUGUAAAGAGUGAUUCUGAUGUGCAAGAGAAAACUGCGAUCUAUGUCCUUUAAAGGAGUCAACUAAAAGGAGAAGGUUUAUUUUAGCUUACUUUCAACGACCAGUUGGCUGUCAAAAUCAUGAAUAAGAAGGUUUUUUUGACGGGAUUUGAAUCAGGAUGAAAUUAAAUAAAGGAAUCGUGUGUUUUAUUUAUUUCUAGUGAUCUGUAACUCGAAGCUAGGUUUUAUCUUGAUUAACCCGUUGUGACAAACACACCAAACUUCUGUUUUAAUUUAGCUUAUUUCUAUAUCUCACCCCGAGAACUCCGAGCCUGUUGCAAGCGUUCAUUUAGUUAAACGAGGCGAGAUGUAGAAACGGCGUGAUAAUAACGGUAGAGCAAGAAAAAUGACAGAGGCUUCAGUCGGUUCGACUCAAACCUCCCUCUAUUUUUCAAUCCUCCGCCACUAUCAUGCUUUAAACUCUCGCACUUUGUUUUUUCUUAACUUAUCGCCUAGAAGAAUCUAUAUAACUCCCUUUCCUUUCGCAUACCUCUCCCCCUGAAAAUGAUACCCUUCUAGGUUGAGAAUCCCAGUGGUAAGGAGGGGGGAACCUCUCCCCCUAAAAUUGAUACCCUUUUAGGAAGAGAAUCCCAGCAGUAUGGAGGAGAGGAGGGUAAGUGGUGAGAGUGGUCACAUGGGUAAGACUGAAAGGAAGCUUAGCACAAGAACUAGCAGUAGCCAUGCAAAGAGUCCUCUAUGCAUUGAUCUUUCAAAUUACACUUUGGUUAAGGGUAGCUCAUGAAUAAAUAUUAUUUCAAACUGUAUGUUUUGGCACAGAAAUAAAGUGCAACAAACUAUGGUAUGA